AUGCCGCCCACCAUGAUCGACCCUCUGAUCUUCGAUCUCCUUAAAUCCAAGCUUGAAGAGGAGACCAAAAUUCGACAGGACCUGAGUCAGAUCGUCGAGCAGCUGGAGAGACAUGUUUCCUACGCCCAGGGCGUGCUCUCUCGCGUUCACUCGACACCGCGAUCUGAAUACCCGACGUUUUUGGGCCAAGCUGAGGCCGCUAUCAAGGAUGAGCUCAAGACGGUAACCCAGCUGUCUGAGUUCGCCUCGAAAUACCCAUACUACAAGUACAAUUUCAAGUGGACCCGCAACCUCCAGGAUGCGAUCUUCACCGUCAUUUUCACUGCCUGGCUGGGUGGCCUGAGCAGCGCCACCAAGCAGGGGGAGCUGGGUCGUCUCUUGACGCUCGAAGAGGUCGGCGACGUAUUCCAAGUCCCAGUCAACGUCAAGGACAGCGACGCCUUCCACAUAACCAUCGAGGAGUAUCUGCUCGCCCUGACGAACGUGACCGAGGAGCUGAGCCGCCUGGCCACAAACGCUGUCACGCUGGGCGACCACGAGCUGGCCGUUCGCAUCAGUAGCUUUGUCAAGGAUAUACAUGCGGGCUUCCAGUUGCUGAAUCUCAAGAACGACGUUCUGAGGAAGAAGGUCGACGGUGUCAAGUAUCACGUCAAGAAGGUGGAGGACGUGGUCUAUGACCUGUCGGUCCGCAACCUCAUUCCCACGGGCCAGUCUGGUUGA